CUUGAUAGUAGCAUACUUCUCUUUCCCAAGGGAAUCAUUAAUCAGUGACUUUCUUACUUUGUACCUGCACUCAUGCUGCUUCAAUAGAAACAAAAGUGAAACUGAUCCUCAUGCUGAAGCCACAUACCGCUGAUGUGUUGAGUUUUAUACCGUCCAUGUGUUUGCAGAUUUGCUGCUAUUAUUAUUAUUAUUAUUAUUACAACUGAGUUUUAAUGUUUGUCGUUUUAGUAAAAAAUAUAAUUAAUUUAAAAAAUCAACAGGACUUAAAACCUGGACCAGGAAGUGUGUGUUGCUGUCAGUGACUGUGUGUGAGGUCUUUUUUUUUCACUAAAAUGGCAGAAGCGAAUAUUUUAGGACUCAGCUGUUCAAUCUGUCUGGAUCUACUUAAGGAUCCAGUGACUCUUCUCUGUGGACACAGUUUCUGUAUGAAGUGUAUUAAUGACUGCUGGGAUCAGGAGGAUCAGAAGGGAGUCUAUAGCUGUCCUCAGUGUAGACAAGCCUUCACUCCAAGACCUGCUGUGAGUAAAAACAUCGCUCUGGAUGAAGUAGUGGAGACUCUGAAGAAGGCAGGAUUUCAUGCUACACCUCCUGCUCAGUGUUCAUCUGGACCUGAAGAUGUGGAGUGUGAUUUCUGCACUGAGAGAAAACACAAAGCCAUCAAGUCCUGUCUGGUGUGUCUGGCCUCUUUCUGUGAGACUCACCUCCAGCCUCACUAUAAAUCUCCUGCCUUUAAGAAGCACAAGCUGGUGGAAGCCUCCAGACGACUCCAGGAGCAGAUCUGCUCUCAGCAUGACAAACUGCUGGAGGUUUACUGUCGCACUGACCAGAAGUGUAUCUGCAUGUUGUGUAUGUUAGAUGAACAUAAAGGACACGAUACAGUAUCAGCUGCAGCAGGACGAGCUGAGAAACAGAAGCAAUUGUUGAAGAUUCAGGGAAAAUUCAAGCAGAGAAUCCAGGGGAGAGAAAAGGAGCUUCAGGAGCUGAGGAAGGCUGUGGAGACUCACAAGAGCUCUGCACAAACAGCAGUACAGGAAACGGAGAGGAUCUUUACUUCAGUGAUCCAAUCUCUUGAGAGACGAUGCUCUGAACUGAAAGACCUGAUCAGAGCUCAGGAGAAAGCUGCGGUGAGUCGAGCUGAUGACGUCAUAAAGCAACUGGAGCAGGAGAUUGCAGUGCUAAAGAUGGAAGACUCCAAGAUUAAAGAUCUUUCAUACACAGAAGACCCUAUUCAUUUCCUCCAGCGUUUUCAGUCUGUCUUGGAGCCUCCUAAAUCUGUAUCUUUACCCACCAUCUGUUCUCAUCUUACUUAUGGGGAUGUAGUAAAGUCCAUGUCUUAUCUGAGAGAGAAAGUAGAAGAAUGCAGUAAAGAGGAGUUUUGGAAAAUAUUAGAUGAAGUGAGCUAUGUCUGUAUAUUUCCCCCUACUGGACUCCAUAGAAGAGAAGAUUUUCUAAAAUAUUCUUGUCUUUUGACACUGGAUCCCAACACAGCUAAUAGACUCCUCUGUCUGUCUGAGAAGAACACAUUAGCAGUCUGCAGUACAGCAACUCAGUCAUAUCCUGAUCAUGCUGAGAGGUUUGAACAUCAUCUCCAGGUUUUGUGCAGAGAGAGUGUGUAUCCGCGCUGUUACUGGGAGGUGGAGUGGAGUGGGGUUGAUGGGGUUUCUAUAGCAGUGUCAUAUAAAAACAUCAGCAGGAAAGGAGAAGGUAAUGAGUGUGUGUUUGGAUGCAAUAAUCAGUCCUGGAGAUUGUUUUGCUCUCCAUCUGAACUUAUUUUCUGUCACAAUAACAGGAAAGCUAUAAUCCGGAAUAAAGCCAGCUCUUUUAGAAUAGGAGUGUAUGUGGAUUACAAGGAAGGAUCUCUGUCCUUCUAUAGUGUCUCUGACGAGAUGAAGCUUCUCUACAGGUUUUAUACCAAAUUUACUCAACCUCUUUACCCUGGUUUUAUGGUUUGGUUGGGAUCAAGAGUUAAACUAUGUUGUUUACAAUAGAUCAUUUUCAAAGAUUGCUUAUGCCAGUGGAUGUUUUUUUUAUUAUCAUACUUUUGCAUGCACUUUGAUGUGGAUUACUUAAAAAUAAUAGUGUAUUGCAAUAGCAAAACAUUUUUGAGAAAAAUUGUGGAUAUUCUCAUAUUAUAUAGAUUAAUUACACAUAGACUGAUUUGUUUCAAGUGUUUAUUUCUUUUUAUUUUUAUGCCUUACAAAUAAUGAAAAGCCAAAAUUAUGGAAUUAUUAUAAUAAAAUUAUCAAUUAUCUCAGAUAUUAUGAAAGUUAAUAUCUCUAAAUCAGCUAAUUAACUCAAAACAAAUGCAAAGGUGAGCAACUAAGCAUUUAAAUGGUCUCUCGGUCUGGUUCAGUAAGCUACACACUCAUGGGAAAGACUGCUGACUUGACAGUUAUCCAGAAGACGAUUAUUGACACUCUCCACGUAGAGGGUAAAACACAAGCAACAAGGAUAACCGCAGUCUUGAGAGGAUUGUGAAACUAAGCCUAUUCAAGAAUUUGGAGAUUCCCAAAGUGUGGACUGCAGUCAGUGGAGUCGGUGCUUCAGGAGCCACCACACACAGCUGUAUUCAGGACAUUUACUUUCACAUUCCUUGUGUCAAGCCACUCUUGAACCAGAAACAACAUCAAAGGUGUCUUACCUGGGCUGAGGACAAAAAUAACGGGACUGUUGUUCAGUUAGCCAAAGUCCUCUUUUCAGAUGAAGGUAAAUUUUGCAUUUCAGUUAGAAAUCAAGGUCCCAGAGUCUGGAGGAAGAGAGUUAAGGCACAGAAUCCAAUCCAAGGGGAGCCCUGUCAUAUGCUGGUGUUGGUCCACUGUGUUUUAUCAGGUCCAAGGUCAGCGCAGUUGUCUACCAGGAAGUUUUAGAGCACUUCAUGCUUCCCUCUGUGAACAAGCUUUAUGGAGAUGUUGAUUUAAUUUUCCAGCAGGACUUGCCACCUGCCCACGCUGCCAAAAGUACCAAUACCUGGUUUAAGGACCAUGGUAUCCCUGUGCUUAAUUGGCCAGCAAACCCCGACCAAUCUUAUACAAAUCUAUAGGGUGUUGUGAAGAGGAAGAUGUGAGACACCAGGCCCAACAUCACAGAAGGUCUGCUUUUAAAAGCAACCUGGGCUUCCAUAACACCUCAGCAGUGCCACAGACUGAUCGCCUCCAUGCCACACUGUAUUGCUGCAGUAAUUCCAGCAGAGGGAGCCCAGAACAAUUAUAGAGUCCUGUACAUUUUCAUACUUCUCAGUAGUCCAAUAUAUCUAUGUUAGAAAUAUAUUGUUUUAUUGGUCUUAAGUAAUUUUCUGAGAUCCUGAAUUUUGGGUUACCAUUAGUUAUAAACCACAAUUAAAAGAAAUAUAUCUUAAAAUAUAUCAGUCUGUAUGUUAUAAGAGCUUCACCUUUUGAAAUUAUUACUCAAAUAAUUCAAAUUUUAAUGAUAUUUUAAUUUAUUGAAGUGCAUAUAUAUUGACAAAAUGCAGUUUAAUAAUGAAAACAAUUAAUGUUGUUAUAAUUUUAAACGUAAAAGGUAUCUUAAGCAACGCUUCAUCACUGCAGCAUAAUGAGGAAUGUAAAAAUGGGUCUAGAAACAGAACUCUUUCACAAUGAGUUUCACAUUUCAUUACAGAAUAUUACAUUAUAUGUGGCUACAUAGAUACAUUUUAAUUUAAUGUGAUUAUGAUGAUACUAAGAAUCAUUAACAGUAUACAAAGAUAAAUAUGCAAGCUUCUGAAUAAUAUGAAGCUGUUUAAAAGUAUCAUGGAUUUAUUAUUAUUAUUAUUAAAUCUUAUUUUAUUCUUUAAUAAAAAAAGAUAAUAAUUCUUAAAUUAUUAUCUAUGUAAAUAUAUUGAAACAUUAUGUGUAGUGCAACAUGUUUGCACAUUUUAUGUGUUUAGUGUGUGUAAGGGAAACCAGACACACAUAAUUCAGUAAGUUUAUCUGAUUUUAGUUGGUAUAAAGUAUAAUGCAUAGCUGCUGUGGAAAUGACUGAAAAACUUUACUAUAAUAAC